CCAACGCCCUGCCUGCCAUGCCGCCGCCGCCGCCCCGCGGUCCGUUCGCCGGGCGCCGCUUGCUGCGGCUCCUGUGCCGACCCGCGCCGUCGCUUCGGGCUUUCUGCGCGGCGGAGGAGGAGGAGGAGGAGGAAGAGGCGAAGCCGCGGCCGGCCGAGGUCCGUGCCUCGAGCGAGGCUCUCUGGCGAAGGCUGCGGGCCGGCGGCGCUCGGGUGACGCCGGGCUUCAUCAGCGGGGAAGAGGAGGCGUUGCUGGCCCGGGAGCUGGAGCCGCAGCUGCGCCGGCACCGCUACCAGGACGAGCAUUGGGACGGGGCUAUUCAUAAGUAUCGGGAAACAGAAAAAUCACACUGGAGCAGAGAAUGUCAGGAGAUCUUACAACGUGUCCGGAAUGUUGCUUUCCCCCCAGGAGUACCACAGCUCGCUCAAGUCCAUGUUCUGGAUUUGGAUAAAAGUGGCCACAUAAAGCCUCACGUGGACAGUGUCAAGUUCUGUGGCUGCACCAUUGCAGGCCUGUCCCUUCUGUCCGCAAGUGUAAUGCGCUUGGUUAGCCAGAAGAAUCCGCAAGACUGGCUGGAUCUUCUGCUGGAGCGCCGAUCUCUCUACGUUCUUCGAGGGCCUGCUCGUUAUGAAUUCACUCAUGAAAUUCUUAGAGAUGAGGAGUCCUUUUUCGAUGGAAGGAAGGUCGAGAGGGAACGAAGGAUCUCCGUCAUCUGUCGAAACCUGCCCUUACCACCAGAACCAUCCUAGAACUGCCAGGUGAUACUCUGAAGGCUAACUGUUGCUACCAGUGGAUUUUACUCUUUUGCCUAAUUGACGUGGUGCUCUUUCUAAAGAGGUUGCUUUGACCUACUGUUCCACAGAGCUUUGGUUUUUCUGUCCAAGUAAGUAAGUGAUGGAACCUUUCCUCCAUGCAGUGAAGGGAGCCUAAGAAAGUGUUCUGCUUCUUGCACUUAACAGGUAGGAAGAAGGAAAUCUGCAACAAUUUGGCAAGUAGAUCUGGCUAAAAUGAACCCCAACACUAUUAAUCUCAGGGGAUAACAUUUUUCUGUAAUGUGUGUUGUUGUGAACAGAGAUAGAGAUGAAAUUAAGAACUGAAAUAUACAGGGGGGAUUCUCGGUGUAUUGCAAUUUUUAAAUUAUCCUUUAAUUGUUUUUCCAGUUAUUGAACCCUUGAACAUUGUUCUCUUUUCUGUUUAGUAUUCAAAUGUAUCACAUGCACUGAGACUCAAAAUAGUGAACUUGGUGAAGCAGACAGAUGUUCUCCAGCGCUAUGAAUUCUUUCUAUAAAAAGAGAUUGACUGAAAAAGAAAAUUACACCUUUGAUGCUUGUAACCAUCACAUACGUAGAUGAGAGCGGGGCCUAAGCUAAUUGCCCCAUUAUUUCCUUAUAAAAUGUAUUGCCAAUUUUUCAAAGAGUAAAGAAAGUACUUGAAUUUUUAAUUGUCUCGCAAUCGAUGCUGAAACUGAAUAUGUUGUCAUUUCUGUGAAUUAAAUAAUUUCAGAAUGAUUCUGAUAGGUGUCAUAAGCACAAGAUUAGCUUUAACAUUAUGUACCUAAAAACAUAAAUAAAAAAAAGCCAAAUUGGAUCUCUCUAAAUGAGGAUUUCACUGUGGUGGGUGUUCAGUGAGGGGGAGUAGGAGAAAUUUCCACAUUUUGACUUGCAGCAUCAAAAUGCUGAAGAGAAUAGAGGUAAAAUGAAGAAGUGGAAGACAAGUGGAACAAUCUUGAUUAUAAAAAAAAUGGAAGUAUUGAGGAAUGUGAAAAUAGGUAGUACUUACCUUUGAAUAAUUUGGGAUGGGGUGAAAUAUGAAAUAUGAAUCCGUGAUCUCCUAUUGCUCAGGAGUAGAAUCCAGUUCUAUUUACAACACACAACACCUGAUUCUGUAUGGCCCUAUCUCUUCUCUGUGGUUUUUAAAAAUUAUUCCUCUCCCCAUUUCCUAAAAAAAUAAACCUCUUGAAACCCUAA